AUGUUUUUGGUUGCAGGCCAAAAGGAGAAAUAUCUGUAUUCAUUUUUGGCCGAUCUAAUUGAGGAAGAAAAUUUGCCAUGUGUUGACAAAAAAAUGGAACCAUUUCAUCAGGUUUUCAAAAAGCAGGUCAUUAUAAUGGAUCAGUUUGCAAAAAUUUUGCGCUUUUUCUUAAAAGAAGUGAGCGCUGUAAGUGAAGGACGUAUCGAUCUGGAAAGUAAUGAGCUUGUUAGAAGAUUCUUUGCCGCAAUUUUCGAUGAGAUGAAAAAUCUAAGUCAGUUAAGUUCCAAGGUUUCACAGAUGGCAAUGUAUCGAAAACAUGCCGACAUUGCCAAAGCAGAACUCCCAGUUUCUGUCAAGUGUCAUUACAUUAGUACACGUCGAGAACUUGUCAGAGAUAUUCGAAAGCAAACUUCAAAUCUCAAAAGUAUUGUGCAUCUGACAGAAGGAACAAUGGAAUUGGUUAAUUCGGUGAUGCACAUGGUAAAGCCAAUCAACUCAACAGAUUUUUUUGACCGUUUCAACGACCUAAAAAGUCAGCUGCAAGAGCAACAAAGCCCCGCAAAAAACACCGACGAAAGAAAGAAAAAGCCGAAUAAAGCUGUCUCGAAUUGGGCAGACUUAGCAAAAGCUUUACCAAAAUAUCUAUAA